CUGAUGGACACCAAAUGGGCCACCACAGAACUGGCAUGGACCGUGCAUCCUGAGACAGGGUGGGAGGAAGUGAGUGGCUAUGAUGACGCCAUGAAUCCUAUUCGUACAUACCAGGUGUGUAAUGUUCAGGAAGCUAACCAGAACAACUGGCUUCGCAGUGACUUUAUCCCACGCAAGGACGUGCUGCGAGUCUACGUGGAGAUGAAGUUCACCGUACGCGACUGUAACAGUAUCCCCAACAUCCCCGGCUCCUGCAAGGAGACUUUUAACCUCUUCUACUAUGAGUCUGACUCCGACUCUGCCACGGCCACCAGUCCGUUCUGGAUGGAGAACCCCUAUGUGAAAGUGGACACUAUCGCUCCGGACGAGAGCUUCUCCAUGCUCGAGUCUGGCCGGGUCAACACCAAAGUACGCAGCUUUGGCCCGUUGUCCAAAGCUGGUUUCUACCUGGCCUUCCAGGACCUGGGCGCCUGCAUGUCUCUUAUCUCAGUCAGAGUCUUCUACAAGAAAUGCUCCACCACCAUCGCCAACUUUGCCGUCUUUCCGGAGACGGCCACGGGCGCUGAGGCGACCUCGCUCGUCAUUGCCCCCGGCACCUGCGUGCCCAAUGCCGUGGAGGUUUCCGUCCCUCUCAAGCUUUACUGCAACGGGGAUGGGGAGUGGAUGGUCCCUGUGGGCUCCUGCACCUGCAUGGCUGGCUUUGAGCCUGCCAUGAAGAGCACACAAUGCCAAGCUUGCAGUCCAGGCAACUUCAAGUCCAAGCAAGGGGACUCCCUCUGUACCCCCUGUCCCCCCAACAGCCGCACCACUUCAGGGGCCUCAAACAUCUGCACUUGCCGAAACGGCUUCUACAGAGCUGACAAUGAUUCACCUGACUCUGCCUGCACAACUGUUCCCUCUGCUCCACGUAAUGUCAUCUCUAACGUGAAUGAGACAUCUCUGGUGCUGGAGUGGAGCGAACCACGAGAACUGGGUGGCCGCGAUGACCUCUUUUACAACGUCAUCUGCAAGAAAUGCCUGCCCGAACGUGGAACGUGCACGAGAUGCGACGACAACGUCGACAUUUCACCUCGCCACCUGGGCCUGACUGAGCGCCGUGUUGCUGUCAGGAACCUGCAGGCUCACACUCAAUAUACCUUUGAGAUUCAAGCGGUCAAUGGGGUCUCCAAUAAAAGUCCAUAUGCACCACAGUUCUCUGCUGUCAACAUCACUACAAACCAAGCUGCUCCGUCUGCAGUGCCCACUGUCCACCUUAUGGCUGCUACAGCGACUACUAUGAGUCUCUCCUGGCUGCCUCCAGAGAAACCCAAUGGAAUCAUCCUGGACUACGAGAUUAAGUACCACGAGAAGGUAAGCAGUGAAGCUAUCGCACACACCAUGACAGCUCAGCGCAGCUCUGCUCGCAUUGAGGGGCUGAAGGCAGCAACCCAGUACGUGGUGCAGGUCAGAGCUCGCACAGUGGCCGGCUAUGGCCGAUAUAGCAGCCCGGACGACUUCAGCACCAAUCACGAGAGUAUUAAGGGUGCUAAGACUAUCCAGGAACAGCUGCCCCUGAUUGUGGGAUCUGCCACUGCCGCUUUGGUCUUCAUUAUUGCCGUGGUGGUUAUUGCUAUAGUCUGCCUUAGGAAACAGCGCAAUGGCUCAGAAUCAGAAUACACAGAGAAACUCCAACAAUACAUCACUCCGGGAAUGAAGGUCUACAUCGACCCCUUCACCUAUGAGGACCCCAACGAGGCUGUUCGCGAGUUCGCCAAAGAGAUUGACAUCUCCUGCGUGAAGAUCGAGGAGGUCAUUGGCGCAGGAGAGUUUGGAGAAGUAUGCCGCGGUCGGCUUAAACUCCCCGGCCGUCGAGAGAUCAUCGUUGCUAUCAAGACGCUGAAGGUGGGUUACACCGAGCGACAACGGCGUGACUUUCUGAGUGAAGCCAGCAUCAUGGGCCAAUUUGACCACCCCAACAUCAUCCGCCUGGAGGGUGUAGUCACCAAAAGCAGACCAGUUAUGAUUGUCACAGAAUUCAUGGAGAAUGGGGCCCUUGACUCCUUCCUCAGGCUCAACGACGGUCAGUUCACAGUCAUCCAGCUGGUGGGAAUGCUGAGGGGCAUUGCAGCAGGCAUGAAAUACCUGUCAGACAUGAACUAUGUCCACCGGGAUUUGGCGGCCCGCAACAUCCUGGUCAAUAGCAACCUGGUCUGCAAGGUCUCUGAUUUUGGCCUUUCCCGCUUCUUGGAGGAUGACCCUUCAGACCCCACCUACACGAGUUCAUUGGGAGGGAAGAUUCCUAUUCGCUGGACAGCACCUGAGGCUAUUGCCUAUAGGAAAUUCACGUCAGCCAGUGAUGUGUGGAGCUAUGGCAUUGUCAUGUGGGAAGUGAUGUCAUAUGGUGAACGCCCCUACUGGGACAUGAGCAACCAAGAUGUGAUUAACGCAGUGGAACAGGAUUACAGGCUGCCGCCACCCAUGGACUGCCCCACUGCCCUGCAUCAGCUCAUGCUGGAUUGUUGGGUGAAAGAGAGGAACUUGAGGCCCAAGUUCUCACAGAUUGUGAACACUCUGGACAAGCUGAUCCGUAAUGCCGCCAGCCUUAAGGUGGUCUCCAGCACACAGUCUGGGGCCUCGCAGCCCCUCCUGGAUCGCUGCGUGCCCGACUACACCACCUUCACCACUGUGGGCGACUGGUUGGAUGCCAUAAAGAUGAGCCGUUACCGUGACAACUUCCUCAACGCUGGCUUUGCUUCCUUCGAUCUGGUGGCACAGAUGACGGCAGAGGAUCUCCUACGGAUAGGAGUAACAUUGGCUGGCCACCAGAAGAAGAUUCUGGGCAGCAUUCAGGAUAUGAGACUCCAGAUGAACCAAACACUACCCGUCCAGGUCUGA